AUGGCAAUAAAGUGGUUCAAUAGCUCACCGCCAAGGUCAAUAGCGAGCUUCGAUGACCUCGCCAAGAAGUUCCUAGCUAGAUUCUCCAUCCAGAAAGACAAAGCCAAACAUGCCCCAAGCCUAUUAGAAAUUAAGCAAGGAGAUCGAGAGAGCCUCCACAACUACAUGGAAAGAUUCAACAAGGCAUGUCUGGACAUACAAAAUCUGCCAACAGAAACAGCCAUCAUGGGUCUCAUUAAUGGCUUGCGAGAAGGACCCUUUAUCCACUCCAUAUCCAAAAGGCACCCAACAUCCCUGAACGAGGUACAAGAACGGGCAGAAAAGUAUAUUAACAUGGAGGAGAACUCUCGACUAGGAGAAACCUCAAAAUCUGGAUUCUCCUGCCCACCUCGGGAUAAGGAUGAAAAGUCCAGGAAAAAAGAAGACCAGCCUACUGAAAAACCUAGAAAAUACCACAACUACACUCCCCUCAGGGUGUCCCUUGUGGAUGUCUACCGAGAGAUAUGCAACACUGAAAAGAUCCUGCCCCCUCGUCCGAUUAAGCAUAAAAGAGGACAAAGUCAGACAGAGUAUUGCGAAUACCACCGAGUCUACGGGCACCCUACCAAGACGCAUUAA